ACGUGGAACCUGAAAAUUUGUUUGGAUAUCUUUCUUGCAGACCAAACCCUUCACACUCGAAAGACUGUGACGACGAAAUGUACCGGACGGCGGCAAAGCGUGUGCUUCUUCUCCGUGCACCCUCGGGUAUCAAUAACAAUGCUCGUAUCCGGUUCCCUCCCCUCCGAUUCUCCACUUCUGUAAAUCCUAAUCAACCCCCUGAAACCCCUAACUUUUCUGAUCCUGCGUCGUCGUCCUCCACAUCAUCGUCUACGUCUACGUCAUCUUCGUCUUCGAAUUGGUCAGCUUCAUCCAUGGCCUACGAAGCUCGGGGCCAGGAGAACCAGCGACCGAGGGUAGUAGAGUAUGAAGACGAGCAAGCCCGCGUGCUUCGGGCCUCGCUUCCCCACGUGGUGAGGUUGGGGUGGUCUGAGGCAGCCAUGAUGGCGGGUGCGAGGACGGUGGGUGUUUCUCCUUCUAUAAUUGGCUCUUUCCCGAGGAAAGAAGCCGCUCUUGUUGAGUUUUUCAUGGAUGAGUGCUUGCAAAGGCUUAUUGAUAGAACUGAUUCGGGAGAGGACUUAAAAGGCAUGAUACCUAGUGAGCGUAUCUCCAAGCUGGUUAGGUUUCGCCUAGAAAUGCAAGCUCCAUACAUAUCAAAAUGGCCUCAAGCUCUUAGCAUCCAGGCACAACCAAUGAAUGUUCCAACAAGUUUUAAGCAGCGGGCGAUGCUUGUAGAUGAGAUAUGGCAUGCUGUUGGUGAUGGGGCGUCUGAUAUUGAUUGGUAUGUAAAGCGCACUGUCCUCGGGGGUAUAUACUCGACAACAGAGAUAUACAUGCUGACUGAUAGUUCCACAGAUUUUUGUGAUACAUGGUCUUUCUUGGAUAAUCGUGUAAGAGACGCAUUUGAUCUGAAGAAGACCAUCCAAGAGGCAACAUAUUUAGCAGAAGCUGUUGGUGCUGGAAUGGGGAGCUCUUUGCAAGGAUUUGUGAAGAAAGUUUUUCAAGGAUGAUCAUUAAUUUGAGGGAUGGUUUAGAAGAAAUCUAUGGAAAGCAUCGGGUGCUGGGUCACUUGCAGUUUGUUGCUUGGAAGAGAUGCUGUGUUGGUAGUACUUUUGAUGGUCUUACAAAUUAUCUGCGAUGUUUCAUUUGUCUAAAUUCUUUGUCUAUUGGCACAAAGCCGUUCAAGGCUGGAACCUGAAUAAUGUCAACUCUUUUGUUAUAUGCAUCACUGAUUUCUCCA